AUGGAUCGCCAUACACCAUUUUCAACACCUCCAAAAUUCUAUAAUACACUCGAUAGACCACCGCAAAAAAGAAUGCAAAGGAUAAAUUUGGAUUCGAGGAAGAAACUUACCAAAGGAAUUCGUGUUUCUUCAGUUUAUAGACAUAAUACUGUAAUUGAAGAUUCGAUUUCAGAUAGAACUUUGAGGUCAUCGUUUUUGAUUAUUACCAUAUUUUUCAUUUCAUCGUUUGCUUUCUCAUUUUUCAUUACUCCAUCAGAAAAUAUAAUCAAAUCUCAUGCCAUAGAUUGGGUGAAUGACUUCAUUCAGAUGACAGUUCAAAACGAUAUUAUGUAUAAAGCAUUUAAUUCAACAAUAAUUUCGUUAUUCGCUUACGGAUUUUAUUCUAUUGCAACAAUUUUCUUUUAUACUCCAAAUGUUGGUGUUAUUACAACUCUCACGAUAUUUUUAGACAGAAGUUUCGUUAGUAUGCUGUAUGGCUCGUUUGGGUUUUCUUUAACUUUAUUUUUAGUAAUAUCAACAGUUUUAUUUUCAUUAAAGCUCCAAAAAUCAGAAAUACUUUCAUUACCCUGGAUAGUUUCAGCAUUUCUAUCAAUAUUAACCGCAUCUUUUGCGACAAUAAUGAAAUAUGAACUUUGUUUUAUGUUUUUAGUUCCUCUUAUCUUAGUUCUCGGCUGUUUUACAUCACCAAAAAAGGCUCCAAGCUGGCCAGUUGGGAUUUUGAUUUUCUUUUUAUUAUUAAUUAUUUCGAUUUUAACUCUUUUCAAGAUUGACUCUUCAUAUCAUAUUAUGCGCUCAUCAUUCGAUAUUCCUUCCUCAAAAGACUGUAUUAUUUCGAUAAUUAACGCAGAUUCAAACGGAUUAAUGAUUUUAUACGUAAUUUCUUGCAUCCCAGUAUUAGCAUUUGAAAGAAAAGUACUUUCAGUAACAAAUAUUUUAAUUGCUUUGUUUUCAAUAAUAAAUUCAAUAUUAACCUCAAUAUGUUCGUUUGUUUCCGAUAUCCCGGACUUAGCAUUAAGAGGUAUUUCAUGCAGACUGAUUUUUAUUGCGAUAAUUUCAAGUUUGAUCGCAUCAAAUUCUAAAAUUGGACUUGUCUGCAGUUCUUUGUGCUUCAUAGUAGCACUUAUUGAUAAUUUUGUCCCUUUACCACAUAGAAUGUUAUUAAAUUUUUAUAAAUAG